ACUGUCUUGUAAGGCAGACCCUGAAAAAGACUUAGGAGAGAGACAUUAAUUUGAAUUGAUGUGCUACAUCUGAUAUCCUUCUAUUAAAUCCCCGUGCAGGCGGGGCGCCAAGCAUUUCACCCCCUCUGUACCCUUCAAUCCCGCUCGAUUCCCAGCUCAUUCAAUCUCUAAACACCAUUGCAAGCUGGGUCCGUCUCCUCUCCGCACGUUGCAUUGGUGAACGGAUUCUUGGGGCUCCACUUUCAACUCCUGUCCUGGACCCGUCUGCAGAGCGCUUGCCACAUAAUCGCUAACAAGAUUCCCAAGGGUUGAAACCCUGCACAGCGGCUGCUCCGUCAUUCAAGAUGUCCAAGACUGUUCCUAGCGUGCUUGUGACCGGAGGCUCCGGAUUUCUCGGCUCGGAGGUCAUCAAGAAGCUGGUUGAAACCGAGCAAUACAAAGUUACCUCCCUGGAUAACCUCCCGCCAUCCCUUGGAUCAGAGACAUUCUCCAAUGUACGGUAUAUACGGGCCAACGUCCUUCAACCCAGCGAACUAGAAGACGCAUUUGAGCAAGCAAAACCCGUUAUCGUGAUUCAUACAGCAGGCGUGUAUGAUCUUGGCAACAAGAGAUACCAGAACAGAUCGACGGGGCCUGUAUACGAAGUAAAUAUUCAAGGGACGAAAAACGUUCUUGAGGCGGCAAAGAGGAACGGCGCAAAAGGGCUGGUGUACACCUCUAGUUUCUCCGUGCUGGUUGAUGAGAUCGAGGCGGAUUUUCAUAAUGCAGAUGAAACAUGGCCGACGGGGAGGGCAACACUUCCAUAUGGCAGAGCUAAGACUGCCGCUGAGAACCUUGUGCUAGCUUCAAAUACAUCCAGCUUCCGGACCUGCUCAUUGAGGCCGACAUUGAUAUUCGGGCCUAACGACCCCACGGUCAUACCCCGGCUACAUGAUUGCAUUGCUCGAGGGGAGACAUCUUUCGUGAUUGGAGAUGGAAGCAACCUCAACGACUUUGUGUACGUUUCGAAUGUGGCAGACGCGCAUGUUCUCGCAGCCAGCAACCUUCUGGAAUCGGGCACUGCAGCGGGACAAGCUUUCUUCAUCACCAAUGGAGAGCCAGUCUCCGCCCGAGACUUUUGUGUUGCCGUUUGGAAAGAAUUUGGGCAUGUGCCCUCGCUGAACAUUUCAGUACCGCCCGGUCUGGCGUGGUGGUUGGGCUGGACGGCAGAGUGGGUAUCGUGUAUAUCACGGCAGCCCUCGACCCUGAGCAUGGGCGUCGUCCGGGACGCCGCGGCCGUGAGGUAUAUGAGCAUCGAAAAAGCAAGACGCGUGUUAGGAUAUGUUCCUCGCGUAAGCCUGCCUGAAGCUGUGGUGGUCAGUUGCCAGGACUAUAAAGAAAAGUUACAGAGUCAAAGAGUGAAGAAGAACAAGUCAUGGGACUGAAAGCCUCUAGAUGGUUUGGAAGGAGGUACACAGCGCGAUUACUACUGUAGGCGAGAACCCAUACCAGUACUUGCUCGGAGACAAGCAGAUUGGAGGCAGCCUUGCGAUCCUCAUGCAAUCGUGCUUUCC